GUAGGGACUUUUCUCUGCUUGUUCAACCCAAGAGCCGUCUGCAUCAGAAUCUCUAGAGACUGAAGCUAGGACUUCCUUCCUCCCUAGGGGCCGACAGGGGCUGCGAUUGCUGUAAGAGCAGGUCACGUGGUAGGGUUUCCUGUAUGCUGCUGCUGCCGGGUGUCCAUGGCCCUCACCCGCAAGCAGCUACUGCAGCAGUCAGAGUGGCAGCCCGAGGUUCGGUCCAUGCUGUGCCCCCUGGACAGUGCUGGCAAGGCUGAGCAAGAGGCCACCACAUCUCGACGCCUAGGAGAGUAGGGAAGGAGUGUCAGCAGGGCAGAGGACCAUGUUGCGCCGCAAGCCAUCCAACGCCAGUGAGAAGGAGUCCACUCAGAAGAAAAAGCUCUCACUGCAGCGCUCCAGCAGUUUCAAAGAUUUUGCCAAAUCCAAACCCAGCUCCCCAGUGGUGAGCGAGAAGGAAUUUAAUCUGGAUGAUAAUAUUCCAGAAGAUGACUCAGGUGUCCCUACCCCAGAGGAUGCUGGGAAAAGUGGCAAAAAGCUGGGGAAGAAGUGGAGGGCUGUGAUUUCCCGAACCAUGAACAGGAAGAUGGGCAAGAUGAUGGUGAAGGCCCUGUCAGAGGAAAUGGCAGACACUCUGGAGGAGGGCUCAGCCUCCCCGACAUCUCCAGACUGCAGCCUGGACAGUCCUGGCCCUGAGAAGAUGGCACUGUCAUUUUCUGAGCAAGAAGAGCGUGAGCUGCCAGCACUCAGCCGCCAGACAUCCACUGGCAGUGAGCUCUGCAGUCCCAGCCCAGGCUCUGGCAGCUUUGGAGAGGAGCCACCUGCCCCCCAGUACACAGGGCCCUUCUGUGGCCGGGCCCGAGUCCACACCGACUUCACUCCCAGCCCCUAUGACCACGACUCACUGAAACUACAGAAAGGUGAUGUGAUCCAGAUCAUUGAAAAGCCGCCUGUGGGCACAUGGCUGGGCUUGCUCAAUGGCAGGCUGGGCUCUUUCAAGUUCAUCUACGUGGAUGUGUUGCCCGAGGAGGCUGUGGGGCCUGCCCGCCCCAGCCGCCGACAGAGCAAGGGCAAGAGGCCCAAGCCCAAAACUCUGCAUGAGCUGCUGGAGCGCAUUGGCCUGGAGGAGCACACGUCCACCCUGCUGCUCAAUGGCUACCAGACACUGGAGGACUUCAAAGAGCUGCGAGAAACACACCUCAAUGAGCUGAACAUCACAGACCCACAGCACCGGGCCAAGCUGCUCACUGCAGCCGAGCUGCUGCUGGACUACGACACCGGCAGCGAGGAGGCAGAAGAAGGUGGCGACAGCAGCCAGGAACCAGCAGUGCACACCCUGUCAGACCCCAAGGGGGACAUCCCACGUGACUCAGGCUGCUUCGAGGGCUCAGAGAGCGGGCGUGAUGAGGCAGAGCUGGUGGGCGCUGAGGAGCAGCUGCAGGGCCUCUCCUUGGCCGGGGCACCUUGAGCGCAGGUGGUGGCGGGCCAAGGCUGGGCCCGAGCAGCACAUUCAACAGGGAUGGGCCCGGCCUCCAGAGGUGGCCCGGGCUAGAGGACUGGCGCCUAGCCUGGCCCUGCUCCCCUCCCCUCCCCCCUUGGCACCGAGGACCGCAGCAGCUGUCCAGGGCCUGCAGGCUUGGCUGGAGUGGAUAAGGAGCUGCUGUGGACACACCACACCUGCCUGGCCCCCUCUCUCCACCAGCUACUGACAGUACAGCCCACUCUGGCCACGGCUACAGCAAGUGGGGCACCGAGGGGUCACCUCACUCAUGUCCCUCAGCAACAAAGCCUCCAAAUCCUCCUCACUCCCACAGCACCUUCCCCUGUCGCACUGUUUCUGAAAAGAGAACAAGUAUUUCAGGUCUGUCUCAGGGCCCUAAGGAAGUUGGCCAUUUAAAAGGACUCUAAUUGAUCACGGAGAAAUCCAGAUUGUCCCCAAUAAGGUUUGAAGAGAGCAACAUGUACCUUUCCUACUUUCCUUCUCCUUAACUUCCUGUGAGGUUUAGCCACUAAAUCACUAUGUGACUCGAAUCAAGUGCCUUCCCCAAUUUGGGUCUAGGACUGGCUGGCAUUAGAAUGGAUAGACGCUGAGGGCCUUGCCAACUCAGACAUUCUGUGACAAUAAAUGUCUGCUCUCCUGUUACCUGUGGCCCAAGAUACCAGUGGGGCUUACGAAGGAGGCUGGGGAACCUCAGGCUCCCAAAUGAAAUGCCUGCUCCUGCUCAUCAAUUCUAUACCUCCCCACAUAACUCAGGCCACGCUGCAACUUACUCCAGCUUAAAACAAUGCCCAUACCUUAUAGAGUGUGCACUCUCCCUUUCCACUCCUGGCCCCCUCCAAUGACACUUCUCUCAAGGGUGAUGGCAGAUGGCCAGACCUGGCUUCCAAAGAUAAAAUGGUCCCUCAGAAGCCAGAUGCAGGUGCCGGCCCUGACUUGGCCUCUUGUGUGGGUCCUUACAAGCCAGGAAAGCACAAACUUGACGUUGGGGAAUCCAUUACCCCACUUUGCUUGUUAAAGGUUUUGAUGUGCCCUGAGCUCCUAAAGGGGAGGGAUAAUAUCUACUGGUGGGGGGGGGGGCUCCCUUGACCCCAGUACCGAAUCUGUGCUCUGCAUUCCAGAGUAACCCUUCCCCAGUGCUAAACUGGCUCAGGGACAAACAGUGCCUACUAUAUCUAGGACUGCUGGCUUAAUGGACACACUUCUGAACCUACUACCAGGAACUUUGGUAAAGCUAGCUUGUGCGGGGAAGGGAUUAAUGUAAAUAUGAGGGGGGUGAGGGGAGAUAGGUUGGCAACAAUAAACAUAAGUAGAAUGAAA